AGAACCACAUCGGUUGAUACUUGAGAGACGAGAACAACGAGGAAAGAGGCAUCAGUAGCACUCUCGGUCUUGAUAAGAUUAAAGCGCUGGUUAAAUCUCUGACGAAGAAGAUCAAAUCUCUGUUUGUGAAACCAAAACCCGGCCAACAAAACUUCCCCGACGAAACAUUCCCACAUACAUUCAGUGCAGCGCAGAGCCUCGGCGGGAGAGUUAGCACGUUACAGGCUCGGCAGAUCCAGAGAUGGCAGGACAAAGGAAUGACUCCAGGCGAGGUUUAUAAGCAGCUUCAGCUUGACAGGUUUAAUGAGCCUCAUUUCGACAAGAUUGAAAACACGGUUUUUGGCUACCUCGGAUUUAACACUUGGGUGAAGUACGUGGACGACUUUAAUGAAAAGAACCCUACGAAGAAGGAAUCGAUGAUCCCGUCCUUAUUGACCCUUUACAGUGACGAAGGUCUGUCAAGAGUCCUCGAGAUGGCGAAGAAGGCCUCCACCACCGAGGCGCUAGCCAGGAAACUUAGGAUGGAGCAAAUUCAGAGGUGGAUCAACGACGGUAAAACCCCGGGUUAUGUCUUUAAGAUGUUCAUGGUCGACUCCAAAGUGGAUGAACUACUGACGAACCCGCAGUUUAUCGCUUGGACCAAAUACGUGGAUGAAUUUAAUGCCAAGAACCCAGCAAACAAAGCGUCCAUGAUCCCUCCAAUUGUAACUCACUACGGCGAUGAUGCUGUUUUUGGUAUGCUUGAAGCUGCGAAGAAGGUCCAAUCAACAGAGAAACUCGCCUCCAAAUUGCAAGCUGAACAGAUUCAGAAGUUGCUGAGCAGCAAUCACUCUCCCACGUAUGUCUUCAAGGCGCUUAAUCUUGAUAAGACAGGAGAUGAAUUUUUCAGCACUCCGCUGUUCACAACUUGGUUCAACUACCUCAAGACCUUCAACGACAAGAACCCCGACAAGAAAGAGAGCUUGCUGACUUCAAUCCACAGAUAUUACCAAGAUCACGAUGUGGCCAGAAUAGUCGAGAAAGCAAUGACGAACCCGAGUACUGUAAAAUUGGCGAACCAGUUGCAGGACGAACGGUACAGUCGUUGGUUGCUCAACGAAAGCUCUCCCAAAAGCGCUUUCUACGUGUUCAUAUUGACCAGGGUUGCUCAAAAUAUUACUGUUACCUAUUUCUCCGGCGACAAUAAAUAGCGGCGAGGGACUGCUAGGAACUGCAAAUAAGUAUGGUGAACGACAACACCAGAAAAUAAAUAACUAGUAGGAACAACG